CACUUCACUCUCUUCUCCUCGACAUCGUCUUCUGCCUUCACUUGCCUUUUCGGUUCUCAUAUACGCUUACUCCUGUCUCACAUAGCACCCGAACCCUCAAAACCUUGCCAACAUGCCAAAAGCCCAACACAAAAAGCGGCCGUCCGCUUCCUCUUCCUCACCCUACAACAAACCCGGUGGUGCCAACGCCAACCCCUCGUCCGGUCAAUCCAAUGCAAUCUUCAAAAUGAACACAGACCUCGGUCAGCACGUCCUCAAGAACCCCGGCGUAGCCCAGGCCAUCGUCGACAAAGCCGACCUCAAGCAAUCCGACACCGUUCUCGAAGUCGGCCCGGGUAGUGGUAACCUCACGGUCAAGAUUCUGGAAAAGGCGAAAAAGUGCAUAGCAAUCGAACUCGACCCUCGCAUGGCAGCCGAAGUGACGAAACGAGUCCAGGGUACGACGCUGGGUCGCCGUCUCGACGUGAUCCUGGGCGACGUGAUCAAGACCGACCCCCUCCCCUACUUCGACGUCUGCAUAAGCAACACGCCCUACCAAAUCUCGAGUCCUCUCGUCUUUAAACUGCUCGCUACCAUGCCCUCACCGAGAGUCUGCAUCCUCAUGUUCCAGCGCGAGUUCGCUCUCCGCCUGUUCGCCAAACCGGGCGACAAACUCUACUCGCGGCUCAGCGUGAACGCUCAGAUGUGGGCCAAGAUCGACCACAUAAUGAAAGUGGGCAAGAACAACUUCAAGCCUCCGCCGGCCGUGGAGAGCAGCGUCGUCCGCCUCGUGCCCAAGAACCCCAGGCCCAACAUAUCGUACGAAGAAUGGGACGGCUUGUUACGGAUCUGCUUUGUGCGCAAGAACAAGAUCCUCCGAGCCAACUUUUUGGGCACCACGAGCAUAAUGAACGCCCUCGAGGCGAAUUACAGAACGUGGUGUGCGCAGAAUGAUGUUCCACUUGAAGACGGCCCUGCGGACGACUCGACACCAAUGACGGACGUGGAGAAUACGACCGCUAACGAUGACGAGGCCGAGGAAGAAUGGGACGGAUUCAUGGAUGUAGACGGUGACGACGAUGACCUUCCGGAAUUUUUCAAGCAGCAGCAACAGCAACAGGCGGCCAUCAAGACGUCAAGGGGAGCCGGUAGGAAAAGGAGAGGCAAAGUUGCCGAACUGGUACGCGAAAAGAUACGAUCGGUCCUCGAAGACAAGACUCAACUUGCCGACAAGAGAGCCAGGAUGUGCGACGAAGGAGAUUUUCUCAAGCUGUUAUACCAUUUCAAUCUGGAAGGGAUUCAUUUUCGGUGAUUUGAGGAUCACGAAGAAGGAUGUCACUAUAUUUGGUUGACGCUCGAUUCUCGCGAGACUUGAUGAUGAUGAUGACGACGACUAUGAUGACCAUACAUCACUUUGAGAGAAUUUCUUUACGACGUGUUACGAUGUGAUAUGUAACUUCUUUGAUACCCCCACUUCAUCACCAAGGAAGAGGACUAUUUUGCCAGGUAGAUGUGGAAAAAACAAACAAACAAAAGCAUUUCUUCAAUUACUUUUCAGUCCAUGUAUGGAUUAGCAGCGCUGAUGAUUUCAAUAAGACUUCAUUAAACCAGGGACUUUUUUUUGAAGGAGAUCUGGAAUCUUU